UAUUCAGUGGACCGCACAACGCGGAAGCAAACCCGGAAGCUAGAAACUUUUUUUGGCGUAUGCGCCAGGGCACCAGAAAACUACAACAGCUGCAGCGGACCUGAUUUACCUCACUUGUUUGAAGACUGUCACGGAAACUUUCAGUUGGACUCCCGCCCGGGCGUUGUCGUACGAGGAAGGGUUUGUUUUCUGCAUGGUGCUGCGGCAGUGACUUCAGAAGCAAUGGAGCACAUCGGCUUAGCCUGUCAGGUCUGCCUCGUGAAGUUUAAAUGUUUUUUUGAUUUGAAAAAACAUGUGCGCUCAAAGGAACAUCAUAAGAAAAUGGAAGAAGUCUUUCAGAAAGAUAAGUUCACGGGUCCUGCCUCCAUUCCCUACAUUAUUUUUAUGGAUAAACUGGCCAAAUGUGACAUCAAACAACCCAUUAUAGGCUUGUCUCUGCUGACUCUGUGCUUCAGUCCACGGUCGUCGACCUAUUUUUACCUGUGCCAUGUCUGUGAGGAAAAGUGUUCAUCAGACAAUAUAGUAUGCCACCUCAACUCUGGUGACCAUGGCGUCAACUACUUUAACUACACAGACCCUAAUGUGCUGAGUUUCAGCUGGAUGCCCAGCAUGGAUAUGAGAGUCAUUCUAAGGCCUCACAUCACACAGGAACCAAAGCACAGAGGGCCUGAACACCUACAGUUGUUGGAUUUGCCUGAUGAGCUGUUAAAAAAGUGUGAAACAAGCACCUAUUCUGAAGUGAUGCUCUCUUUCAGUGAAAAUGAAAAGCUUCUCAAGCUGUUCGAAGCUGUCAAGCCAAAGAAGAUGAUGAUACAAACAUACCACAAAUUGGGCAACAGGAAGCAUCCACUUCUCGGCCUGCAGCACCUUAUUGAAUGCAUUUGUGUUGGACAGACUGAGAGGAGACACUUCCUCUGCACGCUCUGCAACCUAACUUUAGCCGCCCACAUGAUCAUCAAACAUGUCCUGAGCUUCGAUCACAUCUUUUGUUACUUUAAAGCAUGGCACCCCACCACUUUGCUGUCAAAGGAAUCCUACAUACGUUACAGCAGCGCCUUUGCCACAAUGAUGCUCAAUUUUGCAAAGCAGGCAGAGAAAAUUCAUGGAUCUGCGAAUACUGAUAUAAAGCAAGUGAACCUGGAGCCUGAUGUAUUCACAUUAGUAAAUUCCUCCGGUUAUGCAGAAGCUUUGAAGAAACUGGAAUCCACCAUGAAGGAAAAAACGGAGAGCAGCUUGAUUACAAGCGUCACACCAGGGAACAAGCUGACACUUUCUACUGUAUCAGUGUGGCCUGUAGCAUCACCGUACACACUACGUUGUCAGAACUGCAACGUGGUCUUAAUGAAUGUGUCUCAGUAUUUCAAGCAUGUGUUUAAGUGGGAACACCAGCAGGUGUUGAAGAAUUUAUUUGGCAAAGAUGAAAUAGCAGAUGGUUACGACCAAUCAGGUCGGAGACCCAAUCUGGGCUUAUUCAGGUACCUCAAAAAUAGCGAGAAGCAGGAUCGGCCAGUUAUUGGCAUAUCCCUGGUUGUGACUUGUCUGUGCGCUCAGGUUCCAGAUGAACCUAUUUAUGUGUGCUUUGCUUGUGAGGAGAGUUUCUCAGACUCGUUUCUCACACAACACCUGGAAGGCCGAAAACAUCUCAUACACACAUUGUUGUACCAGAAUCCCUGGCAGCUGCCGUUUGCAUGGCAGAACCAUCUGGAUGUGGAAGCCAUGACUUUAGUGGCAUGGGAGGAGGAGAAGAAAAGAGGACUACACCAUUUGACAGUGGAGAUACUUGAUGUUCCUUCCUGGCUGUUUAGGAACCUUAACCCACUGAGUUACCAAACAGUGAUAGAGAGCCUUGACCUACACCGCACUUUCUUAAAGCGCCAAGUUCCACCUUGUGAACCCUACAGCAAACUCAAAGAGAACGAGAGAUUUCCUCUGCUGGGUAAGCAGUUUCUGGUCAAGCACAACGCGUAUAACAGACAGCAUCAAUCCACAGAAGUGAGAUUUCUGUGUUUGCUCUGUGAGAGGAGGCUGUCAAAGGACGAAUGUUACGCUCAUUUGUUCAGUUGGGAACACGUUGCAACAUUUCUGAAGCUUUUCCACCCGGGCUCGCUGAAUGCCAGCACUGAGAACGCGGAGACAUUACUGGACUUGGCAAAACAGGCAGCGAGUAUUCAUUCCAUACUACCUGCACAGGAAAUAUGGUUGGAAAAGCCCAUUUGGGAGCCCUGCAAAUACCACAGAGCAAUAUCCAUCCUGGGAUUUGCAAAGAAGAGAGCGGGCAAAGGAAAGCUUAAACCUCCAAUUAUCCGUAAUGUGAAGUUGGUCCCCAGAGAAACUCUGAAAGAAGCGGACAAGAGCCCUGUGAGAGAGGACAGUCCAGAAAACAGCAGGAUAAUGGAGGCGUCUGAGAAAAAAAACAGUCAAAAGACAACAGACAAUAGUGAGACCACCCUGGAAAAUAUUUCAGUGGAGGUUGGUGUUGAAAUCACCAAUAAAAGCAACGAUGAAAGUGGAGAAAAUGCAGAAAAGGGAGCCGCUAAGGAGAUGAUAAAGGAGAUGAUGCAGGAGCCUACGGAGCUGACAUUAAGAAAACCAAGUGAGGAGACCCCAGAAAGCUCGCAGAAGACAGGCCAAGAUGACAGAGCAGUGACUGGAAAAGAAGGGAACAAAAGUAGCAAAGAUGUCCUGACACAACUGAAGAAUUACGUCUACAAAGAAAAUAAAAGAGAGAGGCCAAGCGAUAUGUCUGAAUAUUCACAGGUCCAUAAAAGACAGCGACCCAACUCCAAAGAAGACGCAUCUUGUGAAGAACCCCAAAAAAUGUCAAGUAGUGGACAAAAGGAGGUGACGGCAGCAGACAAGGGAGAAAGUUGUAAAUCAGUGACUUCUAACGGGAACCAACAGGCAGCUCAAUUGUGGCUGUACCUCAAGAAAAAGAGCCGAGAGCCUGUGAUUGGCUUAGGUGCACUUCUUGAAUGCUAUGGUGAUCAGCAUGGCCCCAUCUACCUUUGUGAGUGCUGCUCUAUGAAGAUCCAAGAGAAGGAUAUCGUCAGCCAUGUUACCGGAUUUGAUCACCAGAAGAUGUAUCUGGUGGGGUUUCAGAAAAUCCCGCCUCCACAAGGGAAUGACUGGAGGAAGAAGAUGAGAGAUAUGGCUGUUUUGUUUGAAGAAGAUAAAGGAUAUGGAGAGGCUCAGGUUGUUGAUCUGGAUGAAGAGCUUUAUAACAGCAUCUCAAAACAAAACUUUCAGGCAGCCAUUAAGACUGUGAAGGCGCAUCAAGCUCAGCUGGACUGUGGGUGUGAAAUCUCUUCAACCUCAACUCUGUCAGGUGUUCAACCUGUAGGUACCUCCGUCACCCUCAUUACUCAACAUGAGUCCUACCUUGGGAUGGACAACCACCAAGUGUUGCCAAUGGAGAUUGAUAAUGAUUCAGAAGACUCAGAGAGAAAGCCAUCGUCAGUAUCUGCAGCCACGACUGUAAUGACUGAAAACACCCCCAAAACUACUGAAGUCCCCCCUGAACCAAAUGAAGAUGUCAAAAUGACCCAUAUCAAAGUGCCUGAGUCUGCUGACAACACAAAGAGCUGUCUGACUGCAUCCGGAAGUAGUAAAGACGCAUCAAUUCUACACAUGUUCAAAAGUGGGACAAACACACUGUGUUUGCAUCCUGAUUCCACAGGAACCAACUCAAAAGCUGAAAUCACUCCAACCACAAGUGAUACACCAUUAAACAGAACCACCACAUCCAAAAUAACAGGGACGUGUCAAACUGCAGUAACUUCAGAUUCUAUAGUAACAACCCCCGCCAAAUCCAUGACAGCCGUCUCCAAGUUUACAGCUAAAACCUCCGGUUCUUCUCCAGACACCAACAACUUGACAGCAGCCGUCUCCAAACUUGCAGCCACCACCUCCAGUUGUACUGCAACCACCACAAAAUUGGGAGAAACCACCAACAAAUGUACAGCAGCCACCUCUAGUACCCCUGCAACCACCGCUAAAUCAACAAUACCAACCUCCGUCUACACAGCAACAACCUCUAAAUUUACAGCAGCCUCCUCCAAAGUGACAGGAACCACCUCCACCUCUAGUGCAACCAUCUCAAAUACAACUUUAUCAACUAAAUCAGCAACAGCAUCCAAACCAAUGGAUCCCAGAACUGGAGCUGCACCCAAAGCUGCAGCCACUUCACAAAAAGCUGCACCUGCCCCACAUGUAGGAUCCACAGUGAGGCGCGAAGCCACCUGCAGAGCUAUGCCUGCCUCCAAGAUUGAAAACUGCUCCAAAAAUUCUGAAACUGCAUUCAAAACCACGGUCUCAUCUCAAACUGUGGUGACAUCUGCUAAAAUGACAAAAAUGUCAAUUAAAGGUGAAAAUGCUGAAGCCUCCGCCAAGACUGUACAUAUGAAGAGUUCAGUGGGGUCAAAAGCUGAUGUUGCACCACACAUCCAUAAGAGUAACCCACCUGCUGCUCCCCAUGGGACCAUGCCCUUGUCUGUCAGUUCUGAACAUAAGAAUCCACCGACAGAGCCAUCACAUACCUCCAUGAGUAAGACCAAGUCAACUGAAGGUCCUCCUAAACUCGGCGUAAACCACCUAAUUAAAGUGUUCUGCAAAGGAAGGACGCAAGUCUACUGUGAGCUUUGCUUAGUCAGGUUGAAACGGUCCACUCAUGUAUCAGGCUCCAGCCACCACUAUAACUACGUGAAAAUGAAGUACCCCGGGUGGAGUCCCAGGUCGUCACAGUUUGAGGAACAGUUUGACAAGAUAGUGGCCCACUUGGCAGAGGUUGAGAAAGGUGAAGAACAUCAGGACAUCCAGACGUUGAUUGUGAAGAGCGACAUGUACGAAGAGCUGGCUACUCUUCCGGAAGAAAAAGCUGUUGAAAAACUGAAAGCAUUGAUGAGACAGAUGGGCAUGCAGAUCUCAUCAUCCUCCACAAACAAUACUGCGGAGGCUUUAGGACGGCACCUUGCCUCUGCCAGUCCAUCUUCAAGCCCAGAUGAUGUCAUUAAGCAGGAGAAUUUUAAGCCUGAUGUGGAGACGGAGGCUCAAGUUGAAGUCACACCUGCCAGUACGAGUCCUGUCACUGUGGAGAAACCUCAUGUUUGUGCAGAUCCUCUUGCCACUGACUCAGGCACAUUUGACCCAACUGCUGAUGCACACCAAGAGACUCUUGAGAACAGACAACAGCAAGUGAAGAGUGAUCCAGAGUUACGGGACACACAGAAGGAGCUGGAAGGCACUCAGAGGAAGUCACCUUCAGUGUCCGUUGGCCCAGACCCGGUCUCUGCUCCUGCUGCUGCUGCAUCAUUGACCACAGAACAGCAGAACCCAUCAAGUCCUAACGAGGAAGCAGAACAUGCAAAGAAAAACUCAGGAUGCAGACAAGGACCUGAGCAGCACAGUCCAUUACAGGUGGUCCUAAUAGGGGAAAGAACUCAGGACUGCAGUCAUUUGUCAAAAUUCUUGAAGGUGGUUAACAAGGGGCCAAUCAUAGGUCAGAGCUGUGUGUGGGAGUGUCGAGGGCUGUCUCAGGACACAUUCUACUUGUGUGAGAGCUGCAGUGAGACGGUCUCUUUCAGUGAUAUCUGUCAGCACAUGAUCAGCUCUGAUCACCAGUACAAUUACAUGCAAAGAGAGUACCCUAAUCAUCUGUCGUCAUUGUGGAAAGCUGAUCUGUUCCAAGAGAUGAGAUUGCAACUUUUAAAUGAAGUUGCCAAGAUGCUCGCAGAACGGGAGCGUUGCGAAAACAUAGAUGUGCAGGGGGUCAUUCUGGGCAAGGACUUAUACGACUAUGUUCAGAAAGCUCCAUUCAGUAAAGCUCUAGAAAUGGUGCAAAACAUCAAAGAGCAGAAAAUGAACAUCUGUCUACCCCUUGGCACUCCACAACAAAAGGACAAGCAGCCUGAGGACUGGCAGAGUCAAGAGGAAUCUUUUCACAGAGAGAUGCAAUCAUCCCCAGCAUCUGAGACAGACAAGAGCAGUGACAACAGUGUAAGACAAAGAAAAAGGAAACAUAGGUUGGAAGAGGUUGCAAAGGUUGGAGAUUUGGAUAGCGUCAAACAAAGAAGAAUCUUGAGUCCUCCAGAUGUGGGCAGUGUCCCCUCAAAGGCCAAUUCUGUUGAUCCUUCUUACCCUGGUGCUAGCACAUGUCUGAGUCCCCAAGAGACGUGCAGAAAACUUUCUACGCAAACUCACACACUCAGAUCACUGAACAACCAACAGCAAAAUCGUAUCUCACAGCCUGAUUUGCAAGGGAAACAGGCAGAGGUGUUGUCAGAAUUCUUAUCUUCUACUGUUUGUCCAAAAACCAGUCAAACACUGUCCCUGUCUCCUAGUGAUGAAUACCCUCCAACCAGGAAAAGGCCAACUGUUGCUUCUGUUGAAACACUGGUCAGACCUUGCACCAAUAGCCCCAAACUCCAGGAUCCUUUAGCAGCCAAACGAACAGACAGCUCACUGCAACCUAUCAGUCAGCCCAGCCCCAAAUCAACGUCUUAUUCCACUUCUGUUAACCCUGCUGCGACCCUUGCACCACUUUCUUCUACUGGCCAAGACACAUGGCUUGGACCUGAUGGACUAACCAUGUCCAUGGUGGACUUGACAAAGUUUGAAGGCUUAAAAGCUCUGAUGAGAGAGAGGAAGUCUAAGAUGAGCCCUUGCAAGUCAGAUCUAGAUAAUGCUGAGAUUACUACCUCUUGCGCUACAAAUUUUUCCAAAGGUGUGACAAAUAGACAAGACUCAAAAUGUGUACUGGCUGGAUCUCAAGUGGCAAAAAACCAAAAAAGAUGGGAUUCAAAGAUUCAAGUGGUUAAAGCUCAAGUGAAGAAAGGUCCACCAUCCACUAACUCAUUGGAGGGAAUGAUUUCAACAGCAGCACCUGUGGUCUUGGGCUAUGAGAACCAACGAGUCAACCCUAAUGGCAGCUGUGCCAUCUCUGCCAUUAACUCAUCUUUUGAAGGCUAUUUAACCGAAGGCAACCAGGCUGCUGGUACCAUGUUACCUACUGCUGGCACUGCCAACUCCAGUGACCAAAAACACCAGGGAAGUGAUACUGCUCACAGCAUGUUUGGAAAUGUGAGCCAGAUCACACCUAUUCUGGGUUAUGGUCGUGUAGCCACCAACCAUAAUUCAGGUCAGAUGCCACAGCCAAGAGGCAACACUUAUAGCACUGAGGUUUGUCAGUUUCCCAUUAAAACCAUCACAACUGUCAUGCCAGACCCUACAAACCAGCAGUUUAUGGGCGGCUAUAACAAACAGGAUCACACUGAGGUGCACAGAGGUGCUCAGCCAGCCUCAGGAGGUUAUGGUCAUUUUAGCUACAUGGCAUAUGUCACAAAUGGGCAUUCAGGUUUUCCUUCCUCUGAGGCUGCUGCAGGUUACACGACACUAGACACCCCUUCUGUAUACUCUGGGAGUUUACACCAAAGUAAGAAUUACCCAGAGCAGGAAGGAAAUGGGUUUAGUCUGCCAUCAUUUGGACACAGUUUAGCAACUCCAGUGCCCCCAGGAUGGAUGAGCCUGGAAAUGCAGAAGCAACUGAUGGUGAUGCAGCAGCAGCAGCUGGUGACACAGCAGCAGCAGCAGCAGCAGCAGCUGAUGUCGACGCAACAGCAGCAGCAGCAGCAGCUGAUGACGACGCAACAGCAGCUGAUGACGACGCAGCAGCAGCUAAUGACACAGCCGCAACAGCUGAUGACACAGCCGCAACAACUGAUGACGGUGCAUCAGCAGCAGCAGCAGCUGAUGACGACGCAGCAGCAGCUGAUGAUGCAGCCGCAGCAGCAGCUGAUGACACAUCAACCGCAGCAGCAGCAGCAGCUGAUGACACAUCAACCGCAGCAGCAGCAGCUGAUGACGCUCUACAUGGCCUGGCACCCCAGUACAUGUCUGAGCUCAUCUGCCCCCUUCACAACACCAGAUCUCUUAGAUCCUCUGGCCAACUGUUGCUCCCUGUCCCUCGAUCGCAGCUGA